GUCUCCGAGGCGUUUCUUUUCAGAAAAAUCUCCCAACACGGAGCCGAACGAGGAAGACGGACAACGACCCUCCCUCACUUCUGCAAUCAUGAUGUCGAUGAACAGCAAGCAACCUUUCAGUAUGCACCCCAUCCUCCACGAACCCAAAUACACUCCUCUGCACUCCAGCUCGGAGGCCAUACGCAGGGCCUGUCUGCCCACACCAUCGCUUCAGGGCAACAUCUUCGCCGGCUUUGAUGAGACUUUGCUGCAGAGAGCCGAGGCUCUGGCCGCUGUGGACAUUGUGGCCCAAAAGAGCCACCCGUUCAAACCGGACGCGACCUACCACACCAUGACCACCAUGACCAGCAUGACCUGCACCCCGACCUCCUCCUCCGCGCACCUGCACCACCCAUCGGUGCUCACCUCCCACCACCACCCGGCGCACCAUCAACCGGCACAGGGCCUGGAGGGUGACCUGCUGGACCACCUCACACCGGGCAUCUCCCUGGGAGGCAUGCCGGCCUCGGACGUCUGCUCCACGGCCUCGCACACCGCCCACGCCGCCCACAUGUCGGCCAUCAACCACAUGCAGCACCACCAUCAUCAACAGUCCAUGAACAUGCACCCGCACGCGCUCCCCCACAGUUCCCUGGGGGCCGGCGGCAUAGACUCGGAGCCGGAUCCCCGGGAGCUGGAGUCGUUCGCCGAGAGGUUCAAACAAAGGCGGAUCAAACUCGGGGUGACCCAGGCGGACGUGGGCUCGGCUCUAGCCAACCUUAAGAUCCCAGGAGUGGGGUGUCUGAGCCAGAGCACCAUCUGCAGGUUCGAGUCCCUGACGCUGUCGCACAACAACAUGGUGGCCCUUAAGCCGAUCCUUGAGGCCUGGUUGGAGGAGGCGGAGCGGGCGCAGAGGGAGAAGAUGUCCAAGCCGGAGAUCUUCAACGGGGGCGACAAAAAGAGGAAACGAACGUCAAUCGCGGCCCCAGAAAAGCGCUCCCUGGAGGCUUAUUUCGCCGUGCAGCCGAGGCCCUCGUCGGAGAAGAUCGCGGCAAUCGCCGAGAAACUGGACCUGAAAAAGAACGUGGUCCGCGUUUGGUUUUGCAAUCAGAGGCAAAAGCAGAAACGAAUGAAGUUUUCUGCGACGCACUAA